AUGGUGCCGACAUACAAUUGAUGUUUUAUUGAUGUGACUAGUGAAGCAUUACCGGUAGUGAAAACGUCAGUACAUAUCAGAAAGACAGAGCAGAGGACUGCUUACACAAUUACACAACAGCGACAUCUUAUCGGAUAACAACAAACACAGAAAUGGCAGACGACUUCACCAAAGAGCAGCUAGCUGAAUUCCGAGAAGCGUUCAACAUGUUUGAUAAGGAUGGCAGCGGGAACAUCACGAUAGAGGAAAUGGUGACUGUGAUGAGAGAACUCGAGCUGGACAACUCUCCGUCGGAGGAGAAACUAACGGCAGAACUUCACGCCAUGGACACCAACAAGGACGGUACAAUUGAUUUUGAUGAGUUUUUAGCGACGAUAAAGAAAACUACAGAAACGACCGAAACCCGUGAACAGGAGCUCAGAGAUUGUUUCAAACUGUUUGAUAAAGAUGAUAAAGGCUACUUGACUCUAAAAGAACUCAAACACAUCUUGCAAGAUUUAGGGAAAAAUUCGUUCACGGACGAAGAAGUGAACGAGCUUAUCAAAGAAGGUGACGUCAAUGAGGAUGGUCAUUUGGAUUAUGAUGAGUUCGUGAAGCUGUUGACCACACCAUAGCCGAAUGCGUUGAUCUGGAACAUGUUUAAAAGACGACAAUUUUCAUUUUCUGAAUGAUGAAUGGGAUUAUAAUGGUGAAGUCGUUUCCAGAUAAAACCAUUUUACAUGUAUAUUGUUCAUCAUUCUGUUGAUAUCUCCAUUGAAUUAGCCGAAGGAAGAACCAACAUUUUAGUCAAUUAUCAAUGUCCGACUGAAAAUCAUGCAUGUAUAUAUAUUCAAUUUUGCAUACAUAAUGAGCCCCAAAUGAGGUCUAUCUAAGAUUUUCGGACUGAUCUGAACAAUAUUCAUCGAUGUUAAAGGUCGAAGUUGGUAUUUCUUAGAUAAAGUCGAUAAAUAAUUAUCUCUAAACAGGAACUACUUUAACCUAUUUUAAGAAACGAUCUGAAACAGAUUUCUCGUUAUCUGACGUUUCUCCACCAAUUAGAGCUGGAAAUCAGCAAAUGACAUAUCAGAGCAUUUAAUAUGGGCAAUUAGUGGUGCAUGCUGAUUGUUGUCUGGAAACGACGAGGAGGCUGGGAUCACAUUUGUUUUUCUUAAAAAUAAUUGCAUCAAAAUGGAAAUACGGUUCGAAGUUUAGCUAUUUAGUAUUCCAAUAUAAAACAUAUGUUGACAUUAAUUUUCUGUCAAGAAACCUUUCGUAUUGUUGAGCUAAAAGGAGUUCAUCGAAAACAACACAUUUGCAGUUGUUGCUUAUGGGAUAGCUGAAUGAUGAAAUGCAUUGUUGUUAUUUUGUUGUGUUAUAUUUAUAUGUUCUUUUGCUGUUAGAUCUUUGAUCUGUAAGCGGAAAUAUUUGGAUAUCAUAUGAAAUUGAAGUUGAGACAUGAAGUUUGUUAGUUGGUUUCUUUUAUGGUAGAUUAGGACAUACGUAAUAAAAACCUAUCAUGUUAAUAAAUGAAUACAUCUAGUUGCUCAAGAAGGGUACGCAGUUUCUGCACCUCAUUAAACAGCCAUUACGGAUACUUUCAGCACAUACAAGGACGUGUGUAGGUCAUGUUCAACCUAAGACUCAACAAACGGCUUUUAAGGGUUAAGACAGCAGAUAAGCUGGAUUGGGUGCAUGUUGAGUUUUCAUUUUGAAAUUUAUAGUUUGUUCCAAAUUGAUAUGGACUACGACUUAUGACGCAACGAAGUGGAAUGUAAAAAGAUAAGCUGUAAGUGGUGCAAGGAGCGUUUCAGUUGUAACAAUGAUAGUCUGUUGAAAUAUUCGUCCAUGAAAUUCAAAAUCAUUCUGGUCAAUGACGAUAUUGUUUUAUACAGAUAAUUGCAAUCUCUGCGGAAUCAAUCUUGCUAAAAAUGUUAAGUAGCUCACUAAUACAAGCAAUAUAAAAUGGUAAAAUAACAUUGAGUUCUAUUUUGACUGCCGUGCACCACUGCUUGACCCCAAAGGAAAUUCCAUGACAAAUGUCAUCUCCCAGGUAGAAAUGAUAAUCGUUUUAUCUAGAGGGACUUUUGUCACAUUUAACCAAGAUAAUUUGGGCUUAAAAAGUUAAAUGCAAUUGAAGUAAGCAUUAUUUUAAAAACACGGUCAAAAGGUCAAAGAGUGCUAGGGAAAACCGUGCGACAGCCUUUAAUCAAUUAAAGACACAUACGGAACAUCCAUAACAAACUGCAACAUCCUAGUUUAAAUUGUGUUAAAUUAACGAAUUUUAAGAUUUGAACCAAAUAUUUAGCCAACGCUGACGCGGGGAAGCCUACACAAACUCCUGUAUUCUGUAAAUUAGCAAGCAUAAGAUACAUAUGUAUCACUGAUUUAAC